AAUUGUAAAUAAACAAAGCAGAACAACAUUUUUUCUUCUCCAACAGCAAAACCUCUUUACCUUUUGAACAUUCUUUUUCUGUUCUGUUGCAUCCUCCAUGGCAAAAAUAUGGGUUGAGAUAUGCUUAAUAUCAGCUCGUGGUGUAAGACCUUCAUCACCUUCACUUUGGAAACGUCAAUGGUAUGCUGUUGGUUGGGUUGAUCCAAACAACAAAUACUGCACAAAAGUUGAUACUUCUGGUAAUCCAAACCCUCUUUGGAGAACUAAGUUUUCUAUUCAACUUGAUUAUAACUCAGAUUCAAACUUUCAAGAUCUUGCAUUGAAUGUUGAAGUUUAUAGCAGAGACCCUUUUUUCCUUACUGAGAAACUUCAUGGUUCAGCUACUGUUCUUCUUAAAGAGUUUCUUCAAAAACAAAAUUUUGAGGUUUCAAGCCAAGGGAAUGAAGAAAUUGGAAGCUAUCAAUUGAGGAAGAAGAAGUCUAGUAAACCAAGAGGGUUCGUUGAUGUUUCGAUUCGUGUUUCUGAAGACAAAGAAGAACCUGGUUCCCACUCAGGUAAUGGUGGAGGAAUAGAGCUGUUAGAUAAUGAUAAUAAGGUUGGAAUUGGACAAGUUUCAUUCAAUGGAGCACAUAAACAAGCACAAACUAAUGUACCCUACUCACAUCCAAUGCCAUUUCCUACAAACUAUUCUAACCCUUAUGUUGGUGGACCAAACUACCAUUCAGCUGCUGGACCAAGUUAUCAACCACCUAGAACUUUUCCACCACCCUCAAAUGUUGGUUAUGUUCCUACUUUUCAUUCAAGUAAUGAUGGGUUGGCACCAAAUUAUAUUAAUAUGCCAUCAUCAUCAGGGACAGGUCCUAGGCAGAGAGGGCCUCCAGGAUUUGCAAUGGGAGCUGGUGCUGGUGCAUUAGCAGCUGGUGCUGGUGCUGUUAUGUUUGGUGAUAAUUUCAUGUCAGGGUUUGAUGUGCCUUUAGGUCUUGGAGAUCCUACUCUUACCAUUGCAACUGAUUCUCUUUUUUGAACAAUUGAGUAAGUAGUAGGAAACAGAUUUGGUGAAGUAACUGCAUCACACAGUUUAUCAACUGUCUGAUAUCUAAUUAACAGUUGAGAUUGUUUAUUUAAAACUAAUUUUGUUAUUAUAUACUCUGAGCUGUAUUAUCUUGGAGUGACGACCGAGACCGUUUACUACAUGUAAACGAGGGCAUGCUAUAUCUUAAGUAUCUACUAGUAAACUAAAUAUUUCCAUGCCAUAAGAGUUGAAAGAAAAUGUUUGUAUGUAACUCUCUCUGAAUAUGAAAGAUCAAGUUUAUUCUUGUACCUUUGUAAAUA